GGUGAUGACUGGAGAAAGUACAGCAGGUGUAAUCAUCUCUCUGAGUCGUAUCUUCACUAAACUCCUGAUCAGUAACGAGAGGAUAAACACACUCAUCUUCUUCCUGGUGUCCAUCACCAUGGAGAUGCUCUGCUUCCUUCUCCACCUCAUUGUCCGUCGCUCACGAUUCGUCCUUUACUACACAGGCCCCACCCACCGGGGUCACAGCCUGGGGAAAGGUCAUGACAUUGGGUCGGAGGUCAGCGGGACAGGAUACAGGGUUCACCACGACGUCACUACAGAGGAAGUAAGAUUUGGUAACGGAGUGGUGGCGACGACGACGUCGCCAUCUGAUGAUGUCACAGAAGAGUUCACAGGAGGGACGUACGUUCGGUUUGGAGUUCCUAAAGACAAGAUCCGGAGAAGCUGGCCUGGACUACGAGAUAUGUUUCUUCACAGGUACAUCGUUGCCAGAGUGAUCUGGGCCUACAUGUUGUCUAUAGCAGUGACCUAUAGCAUCACUCUGUGUCUGUUUCCUGGUCUGGAAUCAGAGAUACGCAACCCGACCCUGGGGGAGUGGCUACCUAUACUCAUCAUGGCCACAUUCAACAUGGCCGACUUCGUAGGCAAGGUCAGUUUACUUGUCCAGUGUUCUCAAACCUCUCCUUGGGGACCCCCAUCCGUUCCAAACCUCUCCUUGGUGACCCCCAGCCGUUCCAAACCUCUCCUCUGGGACCCCCAGCCAUUCCAAACCUCUCCUUGGGGACCCCCAGCCGUUCCAAACCUCUCCUUGGGGACCCCCAUCCGUUCCAAAUCUCUCCUUGGUGACCCCCAGCCGUUCCAAACCUCUCCUCUGGGACCCCCAGCCGUUCCAAACCUCUUCUCGGGGACCCCCAGUGUUCCAAACCUCUCCUUGGGGACCCCCAGCCAUUCCAAACCUCUCCUCGGGGACCCCCAGCCGUUCCAAACCUCUCCUUGGGGACCCCCAGUGUUCCAAACCUCUCCUUGGGGACCCCCAGUGUUCCAAACCUCUCCUUGGGGACCCCCAGUGUUCCAAACCUCUCCUUGGGGACCCCCAGCCGUUCCAAACCUCUUCUAUGGGACCCCCAACCAUUCCAAACCUCUCCUAUGGGACCCCCAACCAUUCCAAACCUCUCCUCAUCCAACUGGAUGGAUGGUAUGGAUGGAUGAAUGGAUGGUAGGAAUGUAGAUUGAUGGAUGGAUGAUGGUAGGAACGUAGAUUGAUUGAUGGAUG